UUGGAAUCAUUUGGAGUUAAUUGAUUAAUUUCCUUACAAUUGCCGUACCGAGUUCACUCAGGCGGCAAUCGACAUACAUUUCCCUGGCGGCGGCCAGCUGCUCGGAGAAGAUGGUGACGGUGGAGGAGGUGAGAAAGGCGCAGCGCGCGGAGGGUCCGGCGACGAUAAUGGCCAUCGGCACCGCUAAUCCGCCGAACUGCGUCGACCAGAGAACUUACCCUGAUUAUUAUUUUCGCAUCACCAACAGCGACCAUAUGACCGAGCUUAAAGCGAAAUUCAAACGGAUUUGUGACAAGUCAAUGAUCAAGAAGCGUUAUAUGCACAUAACAGAGGAAAUCCUAAAGGAAAACCCUAACAUGUGUGCAUACAUGGCACCAUCAUUGGAUGCGAGACAAAAAAUGGUGGCCGAGGAAGUUCCAAAACUCGGGAAAGAAGCCGCCCAAAAGGCCAUCAAAGAAUGGGGCCAGCCCAAGUCGAAGAUCACCCACCUGAUCCUGUGUAGCACGACCUGCGUGGAUAUGCCCGGGAUCGACUAUCGUCUCAUCAACCUCUUAGGACUCGACCCGUCCGUGAAGAGGUUCAUGAUGUAUCAGCAAGGGUGCUUUGCUGGAGGCACAGUCCUCCGGCUGGCUAAAGACAUCUCUGAGAACAACAAGGGCUCACGAGUCCUUGUUGUUUGCUCAGAGAUGAUCUUUUCCACAUUUCGUGGCCCAGAUGAGACUCAUUUUGAUAACCUUGUAGGGCAGUCCCUAUUCGGAGAUGGGGCUUCGGCCGUAAUUAUUGGAGCAGGCCCAAUGCCAGAGACCGAAAGACCCUUGUUUGAAUUCGUCUCCGCGGCCCAAACUCUUUUACCGGACAGUUUUGGGGCCAUCGAAGGACACCUCCGUGAAGUUGGGUUGACAUUCCACUUACAGAAAAAUGUCCCUUCCAUCAUUUCUGAGAACAUUGGCCAGAUUCUGAAGGACGCUUUUGGGCCUCUAGGAAUAACGGAUUGGAAUUCUAUUUUCUGGAUUGUUCAUCCAGGUGGGCCGUCAAUUCUAGACCGAGUGGAAGUUCAGUUGGGCCUGAAGCCCGAGAAAUUGCAGGCCACAAGACGGGUGUUGAGUGAAUAUGGAAACAUGUCUAGUGCUUCUGUGUUGUUUAUUUUGGACCAAAUGAGAAAGGCCUCUGCGGAAGAUGGGCUUAGCACAACCGGUGAAGGGCUCGAGUGGGGAGUCCUGUUUGGAUUUGGGCCGGGCCUGACUGUCGAGACCCUGGUUCUCCACAGCAUCUCAACUAGUAAUUGUAAUUGAUAUUCACUAGGAUAUGGAGGCUCGUAAAACCUAUUUUACUGGGAAAAAAUACACACUAUAUAGGGUGUAUAAUACCAUCUAAUCUCUAAAUAACAAUACUCCAUAUAAUAAUGAAAUAUUCUUUUC